AUAUACUUUCAGAAUGGAGUUGUCUUUAAAAUGACAAACGCUGUUUGCGAAUCCCGCAACAAAUCUUGGGUGAUUGUCGAGACUUGUCGAUUGCACGCAUUGCAAAGGAAUAAAACUGUUCUCAAUCUAAUGGUCAAUUUUUUACAUCCCAGCAAUUCUAUUUCGUCGCGAAUGCAAAUCAUGAAAAAGGCAAAUGGAUAUAAGCCUUGGGUCUUUGACACAACAUUUGAUGCUUGCAAAUUUAUGAAAGACAAAUCAAACAAAGCCGCUAAAGUUGUAUUCGAUCUCUUCAAGGACUUUUCAACUAUCAACCACUCGUGUCCUUAUGUGGGUAGAAAUGGUCUAUGGGGCUUUUAUCCAGCAGCCGAUAAGCUUCGACUUCCGCUGCCAACUGGAGAUUACCUCAUUUUAAUAUCAUGGAAAUUUUAUAACAAACUUCAAUUCGUGACAAAUGUUUACUUUACAUUUGUAGAGGAUUAUUAAAUUGUGCAACGAAGAAUGAAAUGUAAAGGCGUUUUUAUCACUAAUAAUUAAUGUGACACCACAUUGAUAAUUAGGGCAAAUUCAACUACUUAAGC